GUUUUUCAUAGGUUCCUAACUAGGUUAAAUGAGGCGGAGCAAAUGGCCCCACCCAAAAAGCAGGCAUCAGAAUUUGAAGUUUGAGCCAGACCCUGGGGUGGAGCCGGAAUUCACCUUUGCACCUCAUGCAGGCCAGGGUUGGGAUGCCUGGGUGGGUCUGGAACUGGCUGCCGUCCUCAUACAUCCUACAGCUGCAAGCAGGUCCUGUCGGACAGCCACCAUGGCCUCUCAGCCUCUCAGGCUGGCAGAAGAGUCUGGUCCAAGUCCUGGGGAGUCUGAACUGGCUGUGAACCCCUUUGAUGGGCUCCCUUUCUCUUCCCGCUACUACGGGCUGCUGGAGCAGCGCCGAGCCUUGCCCAUCCGGGCUGCUCGUUUUGUCUUCUUGGAGCAGUUGGAGAAUAACCCCACUGGAGUUGUGCUGGUGUCUGGGGAGCCUGGCUCUGGCAAGAGCACCCAGAUCCCUCAGUGGUGUGCAGAGUUUGCGCUGGCCAGGGGGUUCCAGAAGGGACAGGUUACCGUCACCCAGCCCUACCCUCUGGCAGCCCUAAGCCUGGCUUUGCGGGUUGCUGAUGAGAUGGACCUGACUUUGGGUCACGAGGUUGGAUACAGCAUUCCCCGGGAGGACUGCGCGGGCAACACGCUGCUCAGGUUCUGCUGGGACAGGCUGCUUCUGCAGGAGAUGGCCUCAGCCCGAGGCACCGGAGCCUGGGGUGUGCUGGUGCUGGAUGAGGCUCAGGAGCCAUCGGUGGCCUCAGAUUUGCUCCAGGGGCUGCUGCGGGAUACCAGGCUGGGAAACCUUCCAGGGGACCCCAGAGUGGUCGUGGUUACUGACCCAGUCCUUGAACCUAAGCUCCAAGCCUUCUGGGGCAAUCCUCCUAUUGUGCGAGUACCCAGAGGGCCUGGCGGAAGUCCCACCCCCAUCUACAGGGACACUGUCCCUACUGACCGGGUGGAAGCUGCCUGCCAGGCAGUCCUUGAGCUGUGUCAGAAGGAGGCUCCAGGAGAUGUGCUAAUGUACCUGUCCAGUGAGGAGGAAAUUUCCCUGUGUUGUGAAUCCUUGUCCAGGGAGGUGGAGUCCCUGGCUCUCCAAGGGCCCCUACCACGGGUGCUGCCCCUUCACCCAGGCUGCAGUCAAGCUGUUCAGGCUGUAUAUGAGGACACAGAUAUGGGUGCCCGAAAGGUCGUGGUCACUCACUGGCUAGCUGAUUUCUCCUUCUCCCUCCCUUCUGUCCAACAUGUCAUUGACUUGGGACUGGAGCUUCGAAGUGUUUACAAUCCUCAAAUCCGAGCAGAAUCCCAAGUUUUGAGGCCAAUCAGCAAGUGUCAAGCAGAGGCAAGACGACUGCGGGCAAGAGGGUUCCCACCAGGAUCCUGCCUCUGCCUGUAUCCUAAGUCCUUCUUAGAACUAGAGGCUCCCGCAUUGCCCCAACCCAGGGUGUGUGAAGAAAAUCUGAGCCCCCUGGUGUUACUACUAAAGAGGAGACAGAUUGCAGAGCCAGGGGAAUGCCACUUCCUGGACCAGCCCGCUCCAGAAGCACUGAUGCAGGCCCUGGAAGACUUGGACUAUCUGGAAGCCCUGAAUGAUGAUGGGGAUCUGUCAGACCUGGGUGUCAUCCUAUCAGAGUUCCCCUUGCCCCCUGAACUUGCCAAAACCCUGCUAGCUUCAUGCGAGUUCAACUGUGUGGAUGAGAUGCUCACCCUUGCUGCCACGCUCACGGCUGACCCUGGGUUUACUCAUCCUCCACUCUGUGCAGAAGAAGCUGCUCUGCGUCGGGCCCUGGAGCAUGCAGAUGGUGACCACAGCUCUCUGAUCCAGGUGUAUGAAGGCUUUAUACAAAGUGGAGGAGAUGAAACUUGGUGCCGUGCUCAAGGCCUAAGCUGGGCAGCACUGUGCCAAGCCCGUAAACUUCGGGGAGAGUUCCUAGAACUCAUGCAGCGAAUUGAACUUCCCUUGUCCCAACCAGCCUUUGGCUCCGAGAAGAAUCGCAGAGACCUUCAGAAAACACUGGUGUCAGGAUACCUCCUCAAGGUGGCCCGAGACACAGAUGGGUCUGGAAAUUACCUGCUGUUAACCCACAAGCAUGUGGUCCAGCUCUCCUCAUACUGCUGCUACCAAAACCGCCGAGCUCCAACCAGACCCCCACCAUGGGUGCUUUACAGUUUCUCCAUAUCCAAAGACAACUGCCUUUCCAUUGUUUCUGAAAUUCAACCACAGAUGCUGGUGGAAUUGGCCCCUCCAUACAUCCUGAGUAACUUGCCCCCUAGUGAGAGCAGAGACCUGCUAUAUCAGCUAAGGGAAGAAAUGGCAGAAUCUUCAGCAGGAACUGAAUCCUCCUCAGCCCAGGAGUUUGGAGAUGCCUGCGUCCUGCAGUGA